UCAGAGCUCAUCUGGAGGUGGGAGCAGAGAAGAGAAGCCAGCCAGACGAGAGGAGCUGCCCAGAGACGCUCCUGCAGCCAGGAGACCCAGACACAGAGAGGAUCAGUGCUCCACUGGGCAGACACACAAAUAUGGCUGCUAGAUAUCUGUCCUGGCUCUGUCUGCUGCUAUCAGGGAGGACUGCCUGUCCUGCUGCUGCUGCAAGACUCGGGGAGCAGCAGCAGACGGUGCUUCACGUCUGUGCAAAGGGAUUUUUCCUGAGUGAGCAGAACAUCUGCCUGCCAUGUAACUGCAAAGGCCACGCAGACUACUGUGAAGACAUCACUGGUGUUUGUAUCAACUGCAGGGACCACAGUACUGGGGACUUCUGUGAGAUGUGUGAGGACGGCUACCUGUUGGCCCCCGGGGGCCUGGGCGGGAGCACCUGCCGGCCCUGCGCCUGUCCCCUCGCCGUCCCCUCCAAUAACUUCGCCGUGCGCUGCGACAGAGGAGCUUCCACUCUACGCUGCAAAUGCCAAGAAGGCUACGCUGGACACAUGUGUGAGAGGUGUGCUCCAGGUUACUAUGGAAACCCGAUGGUGAUUGGUAAUUCCUGUAAGAAAUGCGACUGCAACGGCAACUCCGACCCGAACCUGAUCAUCAAUGAGUGCCACAACGUGACGGGCCACUGCCAGCACUGCUGGGGAGACACCGCCGGCGCCAACUGUGAGAGGUGCGCUCCAGGUUUCCACGGCGACGCCAUCAGCGCCAAGAACUGCAGAGAGUGCGAGUGUAAUGAAUGUGGCACGUCUUCAUGCGACGACAGGACCGGAGUGUGUCACUGCAAGCCGGGUGUUACCGGACGGCUCUGUGACAAAUGUGAGGAGGGCUACUCUGGUUUCUCCAGCUGUCAGGGCUGUCGGAGGUGUGAAUGCGGGCCAGCUUCCCUUCGUUCCACCUGCCAUCCUCUGACCCACAGCUGUCCCUGCCGGCCCGGAGCAGGAGGACGCUACUGCGAGCGCUGUCUGCCCGGAUACUGGGACUACAGCGCUGCUGGCUGCAACAAGUGUGACUGUGAGAGCGGCCACUGUGAUAUGCAGACUGGGGAGUGCCUGCCAGAGGCGGCAACAGUCAACCUGUGCAACAUCAGUUGUGAUGAGUGCAUCUGGCAUCUCAUCGGGGACCUUCGGCUGUCCAAUAAGACUCUGGACCAGUUGAAAGUGGGAGUGUUGAACAUCUCCACUGGUGCUGCUGCCAACGACCGGCUCAAGUACUACAACUACACCGCUCACCGCCUGCAGACUCAGUUUCUAGGCUGGAGGAACAAAUCCUCUGUGAUGAAGGUCCAGACGGAGGAGCUGGGGACGGCCACGGAGGCUGUGGUGUUGGACAUCAAGCAACUGGGAGAAUCGGAGAGUGUGGUGGAGUCUCUGGGGACCAUGCUGGAUAAUGACUCUCUGGUGACCAUCAGCCUGGCUGAGGAGCUCAGCACAAACCUCACUGAUAUAAACAUACAAAUAGAAGAGAUGAUCCAUGACUGGGAGCUGUACAGCGUUCACCAGGAGGUUGAUCCGGAGGUUGCCAGGCGGAACACUGAGGAGGCCCAGAGGAUGGUGACCUGGAUGAGGACUCUGGAUCUGUCCCCACGAGAACCCAUCGCCACGGACGAGUCCACUGAAAGCCAUGACUUGCUGCGGCGUAUCCGUCAGCUGGAGAAGAAGCUGAUGAUCACAGAUGGACGCCUCCCACCCGUCAGAGAGAUCCUCUCCCGGUUCUCCACCAAGCUGUCGGACGCUCAGGGUUCUCUGCAGACGGCAGCCAGCACCGUCCAGCAGACGGAGGACCAGAACAGAGCCAGCAUCCUUAAAUUCCAAAGGAAUGAGAUGAAGCAGCAGAGACUGACAGAGGACCACGCUGCUAUCAACGACACACUGGAGACAGCCAGAGGCUCCAUCACUGAGACACAGAGGGCUGUGGCUGAGGUGGAUGCUAUGGUGCAGAAUGUGACCGAGUACCAUGCAGCGAUCGAUGGUGCCGCCCAGAAGCUGAUGGAGAAGACUGAGCGUCUGUCGCUGGCGGACAGAGAUCUGGUGCAGAGGGCCGAUGAGCAUUCUGAGGACCUGGACAGGCAGGCCAACCAACUGGAGGAGGACCUGAGAGAGAGUGACGCCAAUGGCUUUGUGCAGAAAGCCAUAAGUGCCGCCAACGUCUACAACAACAUAGUGAAAUACAUCGAUGACGCCAAUAUCACAUCAAUCACCACCCACAACCUGUCCCAAAGAGCUGAAGAUGCCAUCUCUGGGAUCAAUAUGCAGCUUGGGUUCCUGGUAACGCAGAGCAACAACGUUUUCAAGGAGUCUGUUUCAUUACAUUCAGAACAACAAGAGGUGGAAGCUGAGGUGAUUGACCACCAAAAUUACAUUAAGGAGACCAAAGAGACCAUGGCUAACAACACUAAAAAACUUGCAGAACUCGUGGAGGAUAUCAGUGGAAUUCAUAAAGACAGGACACCACAGAGACUGGAGUUUACCCUGAAGGUGUCUGAGGAGACUGUCAACCGCUCAACCGAGGUUCUUCAAACCAUCAACCCCCUCACCAGCAAGGUGGAGGAGUGGGCCACCAACAUGAGAAACAAUGAAUACUCUACAGAUGCUUAUGAACAGGCCGUCCUGUCAGCCGGGGAAGCAGUAGAGAACCUGAAUAUACUUGUUCCUGAGCUGCUGGACAAGCUGAAGGUGGUCGAGGAGAAAAAGCCUGUCAACAAUGUGACCACCAACAUCAUGAGGAUCAGAGAGCUAAUAGCCCAAGCCAGGAGUGUGGCCAAGAAGGUCCAAGUGUCCAUGAAGUUCAAUGGCCAGUCCUCGGUGGAGGUUCAACCUCACAGCAAGCUGGAAGACCUAAAGACAGUGACGUCCAUCAGCUUGUUCAUGAGAGUGGACCCGGACAAGGAUCCCAUAGAGGACCGCUUCAUCUUAUACCUUGGAGACAGAAAUGGCAGGAAAGACUACAUGGGACUUGCUAUCAAGAAUGACAACCUGGUGUUCGUGUACAACCUCGGGGGGGAAGAUGUUGAGAUCCCAUUGGGUUCAAAACCUGUCAGCCAAUGGCCCGCAGUCUUCAACUACAUCAGAGUAGAGAGAGUGGGCAGACAUGGAAAAGUCUUCCUGACCAUCCCCAGCCAGUCCUCCACAGACGAGCAGAAGUUCAUCCAGAAAGGUGAAGCUCCAGGCAGCGACUCCCUGUUUGACCUGGACCCCAAGGACAUGGUGUUCUUUGUGGGUGGUGUCCCAGCAGACGUCAGGCUUCCACCUCCUCUGAGUCUUGCUCCUUUUGUGGGCUGUAUCGAGCUCGGUUCGCUCAACAACGACGUGAUCAGUCUUUACAAUUUCAAACACACUCACAAAAUGGAUGUGGUUACAUCUACACCAUGCCCCAGGUACAAGUUGGCAUUUUCCCAGAGUCGUAUUGCCAGCUACCUGUUUGAUGGAACAGGCUACGCACUAAUCAACAAUAUGGAGAGGAGGGGCAAAUUUGGUGUUGUCACAAGAUUUGAUAUUGCAGUACGAACUGUUGCAAACAAUGGCGUCAUUUACCUCAUGGUCAAUGGGGAUAACUUCUUCCUUUUAGAGAUAAAGAAUGGCUUCCUGCGUCUCAUGUAUGACUUUGGCUUCAUCGACGGGCCACAACUUCUGGAGAAUAACUUACCAAAGCUGCAAAUAAAUGAUGCACGGUACCACGAGGUGACAGUGAUCUACCAUCAGUCAAAGAAAGUGAUUCUACUGGUGGACAAGAGCCAUGUUAAAUCUAUGGAGACUCCAAAAACCACUCUGCCUUUCUCAGAUAUCUACAUAGGUGGAGCUCCCUCCAGCAUUCUCAAAUCCAGGCCUGAGCUGUCUGCUGCCGUGGGCCUGAAGGGCUGUGUGAAAGGUUUCCAGUUCCAGAAGAAAGACUUCAACCUGCUGGAGGAGCCCGGCACCAUCGGCCUCAGCAGCGGCUGCCCCGAGGAGUCCUUCAUGUCCCGUAAAGCCUAUUUCACUGGAGAGAGCUACCUGGGAUCCACAGCCAAGAUUUCACCCUUCGACAGCUUUGAGGGAGGACUCAACUUUAGAACACUGGAGUCCAGCGGACUACUCUUCUAUCUGAGUGAAGGGUCUGAUGAGUUUAGCAUCUCUCUGGAGAAUGGAGCCGUGGUGCUGAACUCCAGAGGCACACGUGUUAAAUCACACAAAAAACAAUACAAUGAUGGAAGGACACACUUCUUAGUGGCCUCAAUAAACAAUCAGAAGUAUUCACUGUUGUUGGAUGACAAAGACAAGCAAGAGAAGAAACGUCCGUCAUCAGCCACAAGAACCUCCUCAGGUUCUGCUCCAAAGACCUUUUACUAUGGAGGCUCUCCAAGCAGCAGCUUCAGGAACUUCACAGGCUGCAUCAGUUACGCCUACAUCAACAGACAGGACCGGGACAUUGAGCCCGAAGACUUCCAGCGAUACAAAGAGAAGGUCCAGACCUCCCUGCAGGACUGCCCAGUCCAGCGGCCCCCUGCUGCUCUGCUGUCGAGGCAUAGGGACCACGCUUCGAGGGCCAAACAGGGACAAUCACAGAAGGUUAGCAGGGAGAAGUCUGACCUCCCUCUGGGCCUGAUGGAGCUGAGGAGUGAUGACCAGGAGCCAUUAGAGCUCCACACUGAGCCCUGCUACCUCUCCUCCAGUCCCAGAUCGACCCGCCAAGCCUUCCACUACGGCGGCAUCGCCAACAGCAGGCAGCACUACACAGACCUCCCAGACUCCCUCUCCCAGAGGUCCCACUUCUCCUUGUCUGUGAAGACCCACUCAUCCUUUGGCCUCAUCUUUUAUGUAUCUGAUGUCCAAGAGGACGACUUCAUGGCUCUGUUCCUGGCCAACGGGAAGCUGGUGUACACCUUCAACGUAGCAGAGCACAGAGUCAAGAUCAAGAGCGAGGAGAAAUACAAUGACGGUGCAUGGCACAAUGUUAUUUUUAUCCGUGACGGUAGUAUGGGGCGGUUAAUAAUUGAUGGACUCACGGUGCUGGAAGACAGAGCUCAGGGCAGCAACGCCUCCUGGCAGGUCAGCAGUCCCCUCUAUGUUGGAGGAGUUCCUCCAGGGAGAGCCCAGAAGAAUAUUCAGAGAAACUCUGCAUACAGCUUCACCGGCUGUCUGAAGAACCUCCAGCUGGAUGGGAAGUGGCUGUCCUCGGUGGAGGAGACGUCUGGGGUCACUCCAUGCUUCGAGGGUCACUCUGAGGCCGGGACAUACUUCUCACAGGAAGGAGGAUAUGUUGUGCUGGAUGAAACCUUUGACCUGGGGCUGAGGUUUGAGCUGGUGAUGGAGGUGCGCCCCCGUGUGGCGUCUGGUGUGUUACUGCACGUACCGACAGCCGAGGGCUACUUCACCAUGUUCAUCCACCAAGGAGCAGUGGUGGUUCUGGUGAACGAUGGUUCUAAUGAGUUCUUCACUAAGGUUUCUCCGAAGCACGGUGUUUGUGCUGGAAAUUGGCACAGAAUCACUGUGAUCCGAGACGCCAACGUGGUCCAGCUGGAUGUGGACUCUGAGGUCAACCAUGUGGUGGGACCAGUAGACCCCAACCCCACAGAGACCAGGAAACCAGUGUUCGUUGGUGGAGCUCCAGAUCUUUUCCUCCCAGAGAGCUUUGCCAGCAGGAAGGCCUAUGUGGGCUGCAUGAGGAACCUGAGCAUCAAUAAGAGCCCAGUGAGCUUCAGUAAAGCUGUGGUGGUCAGUGGAGCAGUUAGUGUUGGAACGUGUCCCGCAGCGUAACACUUCUGUUCACCAUCACGAUCCCCAAUACAGCACUGACCAAACACAUCCAAUCUCUUUCUGUUCAUAAGCAUUAAGAGAAGUAUUAUUAGUCUUCCUACUUUGUCAGAAGUUUGUCCUUGUUUCUUUCUUUUAAUGUAAUUUGUCAUUUCUUGUUUGUUUAACAUGAAAAUGUCUCCAAGAAUACAACCAAAUUGCCUCAAUUUAAAAAAAAAAUAACCAAAAAAGAAACCUAAGAUUUCUAAGAGGAUAUGAUCAGAUUUGUUCUGAGGAACCAAGACUUUUUACACUUUAACCUCCUGAGAUCCGAGCUUUUGUUUGGUAUGUAUUGUUAGUUUCUCCUAGAUAUUUUGGAU